UUUGGAUCAGAGCAGCAGACACAUCAACAAACUGAGUUGGCAGGUUGCUACCAGGGCUCUUGCAACAGAUGUUUUGUUGACAGCUGUCAUUCAUUCAUAAGAUAAACUCCCUUUCGUUGUGACAUUAGGCUAUAUUUGAACUGUAGUGGAAAUGAGUUCGGCUACAACCCCACCGGAUUCGGACCCGACCCAGCGGCGGCGGGUUCACAGUAUGCUGAAGCUCUACUACGGCCUGAAUGAGGAAGGAAAAGCCGCAGAAGCCGAGUCUCUGGAUCCGUGUGAUAUCAACGGACCCCAUUUCGACCCAGAGGUUUAUUUAAAUAAGUUGAGGAAGGAGUGUUCUCUGGGUGAGCUGAUGGAUCAUGAGAGCUGCAUGGUGAAACAGAUCAGAUCUCUGGACAGUGACAUGCAAACCCUGGUUUAUGAAAACUACAAUAAAUUCAUCUCAGCCACAGACACGAUCAGAAAAAUGAAGAAUGAUUUCAAGAAGAUGGAAGAUGAAAUGGACUGUUUGUCUGCGAACAUGGCAGCUAUCACAGAGUUUAGUGCACGCAUUAGUGGGACAUUGCAGGACCAGCAUGCACAGAUCACUAAACUAUCAGGUGUUCACACUCUCCUCCGUAAGCUCCAGUUCCUGUUUGAGCUGCCAGCAAGGCUCAAUAAGUGUCUGGAGCUGCAGGCCUAUGCCCAGGCAGUGAGCGCCCACCGGAGGGCACGCUGCGUACUGCAGCAGUAUAGUCAUAUGCCCUCUUUCAGGGGCAUCCAAGAUGACUGCCACGUCAUUAUGGAGCAGCUCGCUCAACAGCUGCGACAGAAAUUCAGGGAUGGAGGUUCGAGUGCUAAAGACCUCUCUGAAUGUGUUGAGCUUCUCCUUCAGUUAGAUGAGCCAGCGGAAGAGCUCUGUGACAAAUUCCUCAGCCACGCCCAGUCUAGGUUGGAGGCGGAUCUCCAGGGACUGGAGGCGGAGCUUAAAGACUCUACAGUUACUGAUACCGCUGGAGGCUCGGUCCGAAAAACAAGUCCUGGAUCAAAUCCCGUAUCUCCUACUUCUUCUGCGAUCAAUCCGUUCCUCUCUCCUACUGCUGGAACAGACAUUCUUGAGUUCAUAGAUCGAGGGUGUAAUGAGUUUGUCAGCAAUCUCUGUUUAGUCAUUGCCUCCUAUCAAGAAUUGUUCAUCAACCGUCCACAAGAGGGCGAAUUAGCUUCGAAGAACAUCCCAGGGAUGGCUAAUGGCAAGCUACAUGCGUUUGUGGACACCCUGGCUGCUAGAUACUUCUCGCUAGUGGAGAGGAGGAUACAGGAAGAGAAGGGAGUGGGUGAUAACUCUCUGUUAGUGAGAGCCCUGGAUCGCUUCCAUCGUAGAUUACAGGCCAUAUCCAAACUGCUUCCAGGGUCGGCAGUGCCCAGCCAAGGAACUGAGAUAGUGGUGCGGGCAGCAAGAGAGAGAAUCAAACAGUACCUGUCUGCCUUGCAAACCUUCUACCAUGACAGCCUUACUGAUGUAAGACAGGCUUUGGCUGCACCUCGUAUAUCAGUGGGCGGCGGCAGUGCAUCAGGAGGCGGGGCUACAAGUAAAGAUGCCACUCCCAGUCUGCCAGAACUGCUGACGUCCUUAUCAAACUUUAUUCUGAAUCAGUUAAAGUCUGUAUUAGCAUCAGUGCAUCUCUUCACAGCAAAGGACAUCACAUUUUCCAACAAGCCUUAUUUCAAGGGUGAGUUUUGCAGUCAGGGUGUGCGUGAGGGCCUGGUCGUGAGCUUUAUUAAGUUCAUUUGCCAGUCAUCUCGUCAGUACUGUGAGAGCGCGGGUGACCGAGGAGGAUCCACGCCUCCUGCUCUCCUUCUGUUGCUGUCUCGCCUCUGUCUGGACUAUGAGACAUCUACCAUCUCCUACAUCCUCACACUCACAGAUGAACAGUUUCUUGUACAGCACCACACUCCAGUCACUCCAGUUACAGCACUUUGUGCAGAGGCCAGAGAAGCUGCUCAGAAACUGCUGAACCACUAUGUGAAGGUUCAGGGGUUAAUCAUCAGUCAGAUGUUGAGGAAGAGCGUGGAAACAAGAGACUGGGUGAACACCAUUGAACCUAGAAAUGUCCGGGCUGUAAUGAAGAGGGUGGUGGAAGAUACCACCUCUAUCGAUGUACAGGUGGGACUGCUUUAUGAGGAAGGAGUAAGGAAAGCCCACAGCAGUGACUCCAGCAAACGCACUUUCUCUGUGUACAGCAGCUCAAGACAGCAGAUCCGCUACGCACCAAGCUACACUCCCAGUGCUCCAAUGGACACAAACUUGCUCAGUAACAUUCACAAGCUAUUUUCUGAGAGGAUUGACAUCUUUAGUCCAGUGGAGUUCAACAAGGUCUCUGUGCUAACUGGCAUCAUUAAGAUAAGUCUGAAGACAUUCCUCGAAUGUGUCCGUCUCCGUACAUUUGGCAGAUACGGACUGCAGCAAAUACAGGUUGACUGCCAUUACUUGCAGAUGUACCUGUGGCGGUUUGUUUCUGAUGAGAACCUAGUGCACUUCCUGCUAGAUGAGAUUGUGGGUAGUGCCGCCCAUCGUUGCCUGGACCCAUCUCCAAUGGAGCAAAGUGUCAUUGAGGUCAUCUGUGAGAGGGGGUAGAGUAGGAGUUUUUCCUUAAAUAGGCAAACAAGUUUGCACAUCAACUGGUGGACAAUACUAAUACUUCUAUCUGCAGCUAUAUUUACUGUAACUGAUGGAGAAUCCAUUUCAGUGAAGCCACUACAACUACAAAGUGACUUAAGACUGAACUCUGUUAUAGCUGGAUUGAUACCACAAAAGUUUUUUUUUUUCUUUUAUUUGAUUCAAAGCUUUUAGUGUGUGGACGUUGGGUGCUAAAUGCGGAAAUAUUAUUGUCUUUUGUCAAAGUACCAAAAUUAACAAAUCAUACUAUGAACGUAAACGAUAACCCAUUUAAUAACUCCAAUCGCUGUAUAUUAAAGCUAUGAUAAUCUGUCUAUAAGAACAAAUUGGUAUGUUUAAAAUUUUUCUUUUAUUGUUGAUUUAUGUAUUGAUUGACUGUGAAGGCUGUUCAUUCUGCAUAACUGGAUAGUAAAUAU